GACGUCGACGAGACGUUCACCAUCAUGGCGGCGGAAGGCUGUGAGGAGAUGAGCGGCAACGGGGAGCUGGAAGAGUCCUCAGCGAUGGAGGCUGCUGAGGUCCCCGCACCGCCUCCCAUUGAGAUGGCCGAGAUGGCCGAGAUGGCAGAAGAGAACGGCAGCGCCGCCAUAGCCACCGAAGCCCCUGUGGCCCCCGACCCUGCUCCCUACUCUGUGCCUCCAGCUACAGAUGACGAGGAGGGGGAACCACCUGCAGAUUUUGAGCGUCUGUGGAAGGCUGCACAUGACAAUCCUCAAGACUUCACCAGCUGGACUGAUCUGCUACAAUACUGCGAGCAGGAGGGUCACAUCACAGCGUCACGCAGAGCACUGGAGGCCUUCCUAACCCGCUACCCGCUCUGCUACGGCUACUGGAAGAAAUUUGCUGAUUUGGAGCGGCGCGCUGGAUACAACAGCAAAGCAGAGGAGGUGUGUGUUCAGGGCCUCCAGGCGAUCCCUCUAAGUGUAGAUCUGUGGAUCCACUACAUCAAUCUGCUGCUGGGAACGCUGGACAUGAACCUGCCUGAGUCGCCCACACGGAUUCGCAGUGUGUUUGAGGAAGCAGUGGCAGCAGCAGGUCUGGACUUCCACUCAGACCGGCUCUGGGAUCUGUACGUUGAGUGGGAGAAGGAGCAGGGGAACAUGAGGAAUGCUGCAGCUGUUCUGAACAGAGCCCUCAAAGUCCCCACCCAGGUGUAUAACACCCACUACGAAAAGUUCAAGACCCACCUGAGUAGUCAUGAACCCAAAGAGGUGCUUUCCUCGGAGGAGUAUGAGGAGCUGAGGACGUUGUGCCGUCAGAGUCAGAAGGCGGAGCGUGCUGAACAGGCCCAGGAGGAGGAGGAGGAGAGGCCGCCUGGGGAGGAAGAACCCACCACACCCGAGGGAACAGAUUCGGAGGAACUGAUGCAGAAGAUUAGGGAACAGGUGUUGGUUCACAGGGACAAGGUUUACCAGGACAACGAGGGAGAAGUCCGCAAGAGAUGGCACUUUGAAGAUGCUAUCAAACGUCCGUACUUCCACGUCAAGCCGCUCGAUCGUGUCCAGCUGCGUGCCUGGCACUCCUACCUGGACUGGGAGAUCGCUCAGCUGAACAAGGACACCAAAGACCCCAACCAAGAUCCGAGCCAGGCAGCCACAGAGGAGUCAGAGGUUACAGCCCAACCUCAGGAAGGAUCAGGGGAGGCUGCCGUUGCAGUUGAUGACCACAGAGUUCGCAUCCUCUUUGAACGUUGUCUGAUCGCCUGCGCUCUGUAUGAGGAGUUCUGGAUCAGGUACGUUCAUUACCUGGAGCCGCACAGUGUGGACGAGGCUCGGGCUGUGUUCAAACGGGCCUGUGAGGUCCACCUGAUGUUCAAACCCAACAUCCACAUGCAGUGGGCUACCUUCGAGGAGAGGCACGGUGACUUAACAGAGGCCCGACGAGUGCUGGAGGCCUUGGAGAAAACCCUGCCUGGAUUGGCAGUGGUUCGUAUCCGCAGGGCCGCUUUGGAAAGACGGGCGGGCCAGCUGGACCAAUCGGAGGCCUUGCUGCAGGAGGCGGUGAUAGAAUCCAAAGAGAAGCCAACAUUGCACGCUUUCUACUCCAUCAAGCUUGCUCGCCUACUGCUGAAGCUGGGCAGGAACCCCAGCAGAGCACGCAGAGUUUUACAGGAGGCGCUGGAAAUCAGUCCGGAUAAUGAUAAACUGCACCUGAACCUGUUGGAGCUAGAGGUGUCAGGGGAGCCCUGGGCCUCAGCUGAGGCGGUGCAGGAGUGUGUGACUCGAGCUCUGGCAGCUCCCCUUGCCCCACACACCAAGAUCCUCUUCUCCCAGAGGGGCCUGCAGUACGCCGAGGACUACAGCAACUCCAUCCAGAGUGUGUUGUCUGUGUAUGAAGAGCACCAGAAACUUCUGAACGAGCUGGGCGGAACAAAGAGAGGAGCAGAAAAUGGGGAUGAGGACCCAGAGAAGCUGAGCAAAAGUGAUGACGGCUCUGCUGUUGCCGUGUCCGCACAAGUCCCUCCUACCAUGGCACACGUCCCCAUCACCACGCCCCCUCCUCCAGUGAUGGGCACUGACAUGAGUGCUCAGGCUGGCUACGGUGGAUACAGCAGUUGGUACCAGCAACCACAAUAUGGCGGUUACAACUAUCAGAACACCUGGAACUACAACCAAGGCUACUAUCCACCCAGCUAAAGAGGGAAACGGGAACUGUGACACCAAAAGGCCCAGGAAGCAGAUUGACUCGGGAUGUCUUCUCAGCCAAACAACAAACUGAACCACGCGGUCCUGCGGGCUCUGCUGAAAUACAUAUCCCAGCAUCCUUUCCUCUCCGUCCUUCCUCUUGAGUUACAUCACUGUCCUGGAUUUGUGAAAAACACGGAGCUGGAGUUAAGCUCCCGUUUCAUGUGCUGUCAUUUCAGUGUCGAUUCUGAGGGACAGUUGGAAAGAUGGCGAAAGGAAAACGGUGAUUUUAUUUCAGUGCAUCAGUGUGGCUUCCUCAGUGUGAAUCCUCUACAUUUUAAUCAGAACUAUUUUUGUAUUUGUUUGCAGCCUUUAAUUGUCAUAAAGUCAUCCACUCUAUCCAACUUUACAGGUGAUGUAAUAUUGACAUUUUGUACCAUUCCACAAAGUAGGCUAUUUGUUGUUUUUUCUAAUGUAUAUAAAGGUGUUUUAUAGUGUGUC